UUUGGGUAUUUGCAAUUUCUCUCUCUCUUCUUUUUCUUUCGUGUUUUUUAUUUUUAAUACAUUUUAGUUUUCUGCUUAAUUUUCUCCUUGCUCUUGCUCUUUUUUCUUUUUUUUUUUUUCCUCUUUUGCCUCUUCCAGGAACUUUCUCUCUAGAAAAUUCGGAAAAACAAAAAUUUCACUUGCUCAAACGAAUUAGUCAUGGUUUGGAUUUUCGAUUCCAAGAAACCAAACACCAAACCCUCAUCCUCCUUCUGUAUAUAAUUACUUAUAUAUAUAUAUACACGGCAAAUCGAAAGGUUCAAAAUCCUCUCCCACGUCUCCCUCAAUCAAAUGCUGAUUUUCUCCUAUUGAAUUCUCCCGGAAAAUUUUUUUCAUUUUCUUGGAAAGAAAGAAAAUAGAUAUUCGGAAAAGAAAGGGUGAGGAAAAAAUAAAUAUAUAUAUAUAGAAGAAGAAAUACAUAGAGAGAGAGACAGAGAGAGAGUAAAUUCAACGCGGAAGAAAGAGGAAGAAGAAGGAAGCGAUUGUUGGUUUUGUUUUUUUUUUUUUUUUUUUCAAUCUGAGUUUUCAAAUCGAUUCGAAGAAAUCAGUGAGUCAUGAGACCGAGUCAAUCGCCUCCGCCGCCUUCUGGCCCAACCACAACGAAGAAGGAAAGAGGAGGACGACGUCGUCCCGACCUAACCCUACCUCUUCCACAGCGGGACACAUCCUUAGCCGUGCCUUUACCUUUGCCUCCGAGCUCGGCCCCUUCGUCUUCAUCGUCGGCUUCGUCGAUUCACAACCACCAUCAAGGCAACAAUAGCAGCACUAACAACCACAACAACAAUAUCCGAAUCGACUUGAAGGAGCUGGAGCGGGUUAACCGAAUCGGAAGCGGAAGCGGAGGUACCGUUUACAAGGUGAUCCACCGGUUGACCGGCCGGCUCUUCGCCCUGAAGGUGAUCCAUGGGAAUCACGAGGAAUCUGUUCGCCGUCAGAUGUGCCGUGAGAUCCAGAUCCUUCGAGACGUUGACAACCCUAACGUCGUCAAGUGCCACGACAUGUACGACCGUAACGGCGAAAUCGAAGUCCUCCUCGAGUUCAUGGACGGGGGUUCUCUGGAAGGCAAUCAUAUCCCUAAUGAACAGAAACUUUCCGGCCUCGCUUGCCAGAUCCUCCGCGGACUCGCCUAUCUCCAUGGCCGGAAAAUCGUUCACAGGGACAUCAAGCCCUCGAAUCUGCUGAUUAACGCUAGGAGGCAGGUCAAGAUCGCAGAUUUUGGGGUUAGCCGUAUCUUAGCUCAGACUAUGGACCCUUGUAACUCAUCGGUCGGAACCAUUGCUUACAUGAGCCCGGAGAGGAUCAACACCGAUCUCAAUCAGGGUCAGUACGAUGGGUAUGCAGGGGAUAUUUGGAGUCUUGGGGUUAGCAUUCUUGAAUUCUAUCUGGGUAGGUUUCCUUUCGCGGUGGGUCGCCAAGGAGAUUGGGCUAGCUUGAUGUGUGCAAUCUGUAUGUCGCAGCCGCCUGAGGCUCCGGCUACGGCUUCCAGGGAGUUCAGGGACUUUAUCGCUUGCUGUUUGCAGAGAGAACCUGGGAGAAGGUGGACAGCUUCGAGAUUGUUGGGGCACCCAUUCAUAUCGCAGUACAAUGGUGGUCAGAACCAGGUGCAUAACAAUGUUCAUCAACUUUUGCCUCCUCCUCCACGCCCACUUCCUUCUUAGCUUUGUAGCUCUUUUUAGCUUAGUGAUCCUUUUUUUUUUUUUUUUUUUUUCCUUCUUCUCUUUCUCUCUUUGGUUUUUCCCUCUCUGUCAAAUGAAAUGAAUUUUCCUUCUUUUCUCUUUUUUUUUUCCCCCUCCUUAUUUUUGACUAUAAUAGUAAUGAUUUGGUGUAAUUUUUGAUAUGAUUGGAAGAACUUUUCCUGGGUUAUGUUUUCCGGUUCAUUUGCUUAAACCAAAACCAAUCACUCAAAUCUGUUGGUGAAUCAUCAAUCUGUCAUUUGAUAAAAAUGUUAAAUUUUUACCACAAAAAUGGGAAGGAAGCUGGAUUACUAAUAUUAUUAUUAUUAUCAUUAUUAUUGCUGAUCGUGUUCUUGGUUCUGUUAUGGGGACUGAACCCCCUUAAAAAAGUUUUGAAUUUGAGGUAAUCCAUUUUUGUUGUAGCCAAGUUUGAUGGAUUAUGGUUUUGUAGGCAGGUGGGUAUGGAAUUUCUUGGGGGUGAAUUUUUUUUUUUUUUUUAAUUUUGCCAAAUAUAGUUAAAAAUCUUGUAGGUGGGGUAUUUUUGGGAAGAAUCAAAUGUGAAUCUUUGUGCUUUUCGACUUAUUAUGGGUGGGAGAGUGGGUAGAUGAUAUUUUAGAUUGGCCUUUGUAAUAUUAAUGCACGAAUCUCUCUGUAUAUCAUCAUGGUGAUUACACGGAAAAGGGAAAGUUGCUGAUACUCUUCUCUCUCUCUCUCUCUCUCUCUUACUUUUUACCUCCUCCUGUCUGUCAUUAGUUGGAGUCCUUGUUUAUGUACGAAAUGGUUUAAUGGUAAAUUUCAUUUAUUCUUUCUUCCUCUUCCAUUUCUUGUAUUUAGGGAUAUGGGGAUAGUGAAGAGAGGGGGGUGGGAAGGGAGGAAGGACGUUCAUAUCAUAUGGUUAAAUGCCAUUGUAGAAAGCAAAGACAUAAUCCAAUGUGGGUUUGAUAAAAUUGUGCUGUACUUUUUUUUUUUAUUUGAUGAAGAUGAAGAUGAGGAGCUACCAAGAGUUUCUGCAUAUUUGCAGAGGUGUUUGUUUCUGUAAUAUGUUGAAUAAAAUCAAUAGUGAGAGCUGAAAACCAUCUGGUUUUUGGCUGCUGCUUUUUUGUUCCCGCCA